AUGGAUAUCUUGACCUACAAAACAAAUCCAAUCAACAUUAAUAACCAUCAUCCUCAAAGAAGAAUGAUCAAUAGAAUUACUCCUCAAACAGUAUCUCAAUUAAGACCAAUCGAAUCAAAUGCCCCAACUAUUACUAAUCCACAAAUUUAUAAUUCAUUUGUUCGACCAAAUAACUUUGUUACCACAGCUCCACCAGCUAUUGCUCGACCAAAUAACUUUCCUCAAACGCAACCUCAUGAAGCCAUGAAUCUGCAAAAUAUUGGUAUCAAUUUGGUCACCAAUCCAACUCCUACAGCUCCAAAUCAUACCGUUAACAGAGCCAGAGUUGUAGAAGCUUUGAGAAAAUUGAUUGCCUCUAUGAAGAAAUAA